AUGGCCGAGGAGGACCCCCAGCAGCAGCAUCAGCAGCAUCAGCAGCAUGCAGACCGAGGGGCGGGCAGCUUCCAGCCUGGUCUCCUCUCCGGGCUGCAGAGCGCCGAGGCCGGGGCGCUACAGCUCCGGAUCAAGAACUCCAUCUGCAAAACGGUUCAAUCAAAAGUGGACACCAUUCUGCAAGAUGUUGAGAAGUUCACAGACAUUGAAAAACUCUACUUGUACCUUAAGUUGCCUUCAGGCCCCAUCAGCAGCGCCAGCGUUGAGAAAAGUGAUCAGAGCGCCGUGUCCUCCAGCCGCACGCAGCAGAUGCAUGCCUUCAAUUGGAUCCACAAUCAUUUAGAGGAAUACCCUGAGACCUCGCUCCCCAAACAGGAAGUUUAUGACGAAUACAAAAGCUUCUGUGACAAUCUCAACUACCAUCCACUGAGUGCUGCAGACUUUGGCAAAAUGAUGAAAAAUGUCUUCCCCAACAUGAAGGCGCGUCGACUUGGCAUGAGAGGAAAAUCAAAAUAUUGCUAUAGUGGACUGAGGAAAAGGCCUUUUGUCCACUUUCCGUGUUUACCAAGUCUGGAGCUACAGAAAACUGGAGAAGGAUGCGAUGGACUGGACUCAGCUGGGGGCUACCUUGGCAGUAUGAAGGAGGAGGUUCGCUUUGCGGCUUGUGAUUUGGUGUGCGAGUGGGCUCAAAAGGUGCUGAAACGGCCUUUCGAGGCAGUGGAAGAGCUGGCUCGCUUCCUGAUGGACAGCCAUUACAUCAGCAACAAGUCCCUGGCAGCUCUCACCAUUAUGACAGGCGCGGCAACAGAAGUUAAGCCUCUGCAGGCAGUCUCAGCUUUUUUGCCGACCGCCGACGCACACAGCUUCCAGCCUCAAACGGCAACUCUGUCAUCGCCAACUGUCGACGCCAAGCAGCAGCUCCAGAGGAAGAUCCAGAGGAAACAACAAGAACAAAAGCUGCACUCACCCAUACCAGGAGAGGGUCCAAUCAAGACGACGGAUGACGCCAGCGGCCAAUGUGGUAGCCCGGUCUCUCCUUCAGCUCAGCCGACCAUUGGUAUCGUGGUCGCUGCUGUCCCAAGACCCGUCACGACACAGCAAAGCGGUCAGCUGAUGUCUGCCAGUCCAGUGGGGACCGGGGAGAGCAAAUUGCUGCCUAUAAACUUCCAAGUAGUGACGCAGCCAGUUCAGCCCCUGAAACAAAGCGCCAAGAGCUCUGCAAAUCUUCUCCCAAGUCCAGUCGGGGAACGCUCAGCUCGUCCACGCUAUCCUCAAAUCCUUCCCAAGCCGACGACCAGCAAUGCUAUCGCUCUGUGCUCGCCCUCCACCAUGCUCAUUGGCAACAACCCCAUCAAGACCGUGAUGACCACUUGUCAUGUUAGUCCUGUCAGUCUGGUCAAGAUGACAGCCAUCUCACUCGCACCCCACAGCGGCAAUGCCACCACUUCCCUUACGAACGCCACUUUGAGGCCGGCAUCUGCAGGUAUCAGUAGCUGCAGCCUGUCAGAGGACAUCCUGAGAUCCCGCCAAAAUACGAGGAGUACCUCCGCCCUCCCCAUUCUGGCCCCGCAGGUUGACACCCAUGAUAUUGAUGUCGAAAUGGAGGUCGAAGGGAUACACAUGAACAGAGACAAACAAAUUGAGAGCAGUGUCACGAUGGCGCAGAGGGCUGCUAGCGUUCCAAUACCUCAAACUAAAGGCUUCCACACUAUGGAAAGCACAUCCAGCUCAAAAUAUGAUGCAAAUGUCCCCGUGACCACCAACGCCGCAGCAGUCGUUAACAACACGCCAACUAAUAUGAGAGCUCUGAAUUUAGCUCCCUCCUGUCCGAAUAUGCGAGUUAUCUCAACAUACAACAGCAACCCAGCAUCUUCAUUUGGGGAAGGCAUCUGUGCGGCGAAGAGCUUUCGGAAGCGCUCGGGCCUCAGCCCGGCCCCCUCUCCUGUCAAGAGGGCUUUUCUGUCCCCACACCCAGAAGAGGGCACCGCUGGUCUUGGAUACGACAGUCGGAGACCCGAGAGUGCGCCGGUCGCCCGGGAGAUGGAGAUGAAAAUGAUGAAAAUGAACUCUUUUCUGCCCGGUCAAGUCCAUACACUUGGCAAUGCCUCUUCCAGAGCCAGCGGCUUUGUCACUGUUGCCAAUACACAGAGCUCAAUGCAGAGGAAAAACACUUUCAAUGUUAUGGAAACCUGUACGGGUGUCGGCCACCCUAUAACGCAGCAACCGGAGGAGCACCCGAUGUCCGACGCGUAUACCUUAGCAAAUAAUUCAAAUUCAUCAGCAGGUCUACGACACCUUCAGCCGCAGAGCUACGCUCAAGCCGUUUCCGGACCACUGGAUUUUCUGGACCGAGCCUCCACGUCAAGCCAGCUCCCUAUGCAGACAGAAAUUGAAUACUUCCCCUUUGACGAUGAUGUCACUCAAGACAGCAUUGUGGAAGAACUGGUCCAGAUGGAAGAGCAGAUGAAACUGAAUAAACAAGAGUUUGGAAACAGCGUCACGCUGCAAGCGCAGCAGGCCGUGAUGACACACAACACCAUGUCCGCCAAUCAGACAUUGAAUACUUUUUACCGUGCCGCUAACAGCAGCGGCCUCAGCAAUCUAGUCCAAACACCGACACCCACGUCGGAAAUGACGGGCGUUCAAGGUUUGACCAGAGAGAGCCCCCGCUCGCGUAUCACCCCCAUAACGCCGGUCGACAGCGCCCUGGGAAGCAAUCGACACACUCCGGUCGGCACUCCGCUCUCCAGCUGCAGCAGCACCGUGCCUCCCAGCCCAGUGGAGUGCAGGAAUCCCUUUGCGUUCACACCCAUCAACUCCAGCGUUACGAGUUUCCACGACAGCGGCGCCGUCUCCGGCAGCCCCGUCAAGCCCAUGCAGAGGCCAACAGCCACCCACCCGGACAAGACCAGGCUGGACUGGAUGAAUAAUAGCUACAGCGGCAAUGGGAGCCUAAAUAAAUCGAACGACGGCGUGGGAUUUUUACCCAGCUAUCAGGGCCUCAUUGAUGACCAUUUUCAAAAGCCUCACGCCUUCGCCGUCCCCCACGCAAGGCACCACGACAGCCGUUUUGGCCGGUUGACUCCAAUAUCCCCCGUGCAGCAGCAGGUAGCCAGCAUGGCCGGCGCGACCAAGCAGGAGGGCUUCGCCGUGCCCGCUCCUCUGGAUAACAAAGGCAGCAACCUUCCCGCGAGUGGAUCUUUUCGAUGUCGCAGUGUUAGCCCCGCCAUACACCAGAGGAACUUGGUGGCGAGCACAGCAGCCAGUGGCCUUCACAAUAUCCACCAGCAGUGCGUCUCCCCGUUUAACUCACCGGUAACGCCUGAGAUGUUAAACAUCUUUGCCAACAACCAGGGAAAUCUCGGGGUGAGCAGCGUGGCUCAAAGGAGUCGCUCCGUGCCACUCAACAUCAUGAUGCAGACGGAAGUUCCGCCCAUGACGGGCCAGCAAUGCGCCGGCAUAAAUAUCACUGACGUCCUUCUGGGUAAGCUGGACGGGGAUCACGACACCGCACGAGGUAUGGGCAUGAAUAAUAUGCCUUCGAGCUACACGGCGCGGAUGAAUCUCACUCAGAUCCUCGAGUCUGGGAACGUCAGCCCGAUCGCUCUGGACUCCUCCGGCACACCAAGGCCCAAUUACCUCACUAGCGAACAAAUGUUUUCCCCUGCAACACAGUCGGCCUGUGAGGGGCAGCAUCAGCAGCAUCAGCAGCAUCAGCAGCAUCAGCAGCAUCAGCAGCAUCAGCAGCAGCAGGCGACACGGCAACAUUUGAGCUCACGGCAACAGCAGUUGGGUUUCAGCCACACUUUUAAAGGCGUCCAACCGGACAGCAACCUUGCCGCCGGCAAUGAGCUGGUGCAACAGGUGCCGGGGUUAGCGGCAGGCGGGGCAGAUUUUCCAUGCGAACUUAGAAUGACUUCGGACCUGUCUGGUAGCAUCAAUGACCUGAAUACGUUGGAUGCCAACCUCCUCUUUGACCCCGGUCGUCAGCAAGGGCAAUUUCAAAGCGCCGCUCCGGAGGAGAUGGCUAAUCAGCCGCUGUUUCAGCAAAUCACCAGCGACGCGACGCAUUCUGGUGGGCUCGAGUGGCUCGAGAGCAAAGAUCACACAACUGUCGGGCUGAUGGGAUGAAUGCGGGGCCUUUUGAAAUCUUUUGCUGUUUUCCAACUUUGACAUGAAACACUGGACACAAGCCGCGUUGUCCAGUUUAAGUGCCGACCUGAUCUGAAAAUUUGCUGCAGCCCUCUGAUCAAAAUGCUGGUCAUUUAUUUUCAGCAAACGUUUCAUGUCCUAUUGUUUGUGACACGUGAACAAAAACUCGGGAUGAAAUUAUUUUACCUCCUUCACGUGUUUUUAGUUAUUUUAUACAAAAAAAUCAAUUACAAAUGUUUUGUAUUUUCUCUACAUUACCGAAACAUCCAUAAAUUUGUGGAAUCUAUUUUACAAAGAUGACAAGACUUAUUAAAGUCCCCCAAAAUGAUGCGUGCUACUAAACUUUAUAUUAAAAACAUGCCGUGAUGUGUGCAAUGUGGAUUAUCCAUCCAACUCAAAUGUUGAGUUUUCAAAUGGGGCUCACUAAAAAAUGAUGCAAUUUCAAGAGAUGCAACCUAGGCAUGAGGAAAUUGGAGCACUUUGUACAAAAUAUUCAGUAAAUAAGUAUCAUAAUAAUCAUUACUAUGUGUGUAUAGGAAGUUUAGCACGGUGUUUACUUUUUGUGUACUACAGAUGGAGUGAAUGCAGGUUAUCUAGUAACCAGAAACAUAAGUGGACGCAAUGGUGCCAGUCCAAUCUGUAUAUAAAUGUAAAACGCGUCCCAUAAGGUCAGUUGUCUGUUUCUCAAAUAUCCAUGAACUCACCUCUCAACGCCAAAGAGAUGUUAGUUAAGCCAUUUUCAAAUCAGUGUUCAAUUGAAGCCAUAAUGCACUGGAACUGAACUGGAAUCCAAAUUUGAACUUGCCUUGUUGUAACUUGUUGUACGCAACUUAAGCUAAAAAUAUGCAAUCAGGUGCAAAACGGAUGAAUUGAAUCGAGACGGUUGUUACCAGCGUCGUGCUGCACAGACAAUCUGUAAAUUGCGAGGUUCUCCUUCAAAAAUGCACUGUGCUUUUUAAACUGUGAGACUAAAAGAUUCAAAAGGCCUUAUGUCCCUACCAAAGAGCCAUUUGAAAACAUAACCUGCACUAACAUCUUGUCUUGAAUAGUGGAGAUAUUGUUGCGUAUUUCAAGGGCUUUAACAAAGUAGACUUGGGGGGGCGGGUACAUUUUAGCACUAUUGACAAGAUGAAAAAGUGAUGAAUGCUAAUUUAUUUAUGAUUUCCCCCCUCGUUCACAGUAGCUGUGUGUUGGUCAUUUAAUUUAUUGUACAGUUAAGAGUGAAUGUGUUGUCAAAACCGUGUCAUCCAGUACUGUUAUGUUGUUGAAAAGGAUCCAGUGAAGGGCAAAUUAUUGAUACGGUUGAAUUGUUAAUGAUACUUUGUCAGGAUAACUUUGACAGCAUCAUGCCAUAAUACAUGAGUGAACAGAAUACCACUUCUUUUUCAAAGUAGAGAAGUUCAGUUCUAUUAACAUGUGUUUUAUUGUGUUAGUUUUGAACUUUACUUGGAACAUUUUUAUUUCUCUUAAAUCACUACUGUUUUUUCCAUGUUGAUCUUUAUUGUGUGUCUAAGAAUACUCAAUUUGGUUUGCACUGACAUUUAUGUUCGUAAGACUUUAUGACUUCUCUUGUAAGUGGUGCAGAGCUGUACAACUGCCCUCCACUGUAGUUAAUGUUGCUGUGUCAGGUGAACAAGAAUAUAUUUUGUGCUUUUUAAA